AUGGCAUCAGAAGGCAAUCCCCUCAAUCCCUCCGACCCUCUCCACCCACCAGCACCAGGUGAAGAAUCUUCCGCAAAUCCUCAGAGCGAAAUUCUCCCCGGAGAUUCGGCCACCACCAAAGCAGAGAAGAUCGAGCGACACGGCGAUGUAGACCCUACCCAUGUCCUUAAACAAGAAUUUGAAGACUCACCACGAAAGAGAAUGAAGCUCGAGCACGAGACCACCUCAGAAGAACAGCCUGGCCGCCAGAAAGGCGUCGCUCCAAUCAAAAAGGAAUACCUCAUCGAAGUGAAGCGCAAUGGCCAAGAACACGCCGCGCAGUACGACGAUGAUGCAGCCGAAGCUUCUGGCAAAGCCUCACAGCCUGAGACUGUUGGUGGACGAGGCGGUAAGAAGACUGCAGGCGGACAGAACCAUGGCAGACAAUUCGGCAGCUCUCGUGAUGCCAUUGAGCUGUGCAGGUCAAGAGCCUUCGCCAAUGAGUUUGACGAGAACAAUUGCAGGUUUGGGGAGAAGUGCAAGUAUGAGCAUGAUAUUCGAAAGUAUCUGAAGGACGGCAAGAGAGAGGAUCUCGAUACUUUUGGCGGAGUGUGUCCAGUCUUUGAGAUCAAGGGAAAAUGCGGUGCUGGUUGGAGGUGUCGAUUCGCGAGUAGUCACUCCAAGGAAGUGGAGCGGGAGGAUGGCAGAAAGGAGUUGGUACUCGUUGAGAAAGAGACCAAUGGCACUGCUAAUGGCCACGCUUCCAAUGGCAAGGCGGACGAGCAAGACGAGGACAACGCUGCGGGCGUCGUUAACGUCACCAGCGUCGGCGACAAGAUCAACUUGAGGAAGAAGAAGCAUCCUCUUCCAAGGUCUGACGAGUAUAUUCAAUGGCUCAACAAGUGGCAAGGCGGCGAGGAUGGUAGGAAACCAAACGGAAAGUCCGACGAAAACGGUGACCAUCGAGCGACCUACGUUGAACCACCACCACGACCAUCAGAGAAGCGACGCAUCUACUACGGCCCAGAGACUCCAGUCCUUGCUCCUCUCACAACUCAAGGCAACCUUCCGUUCCGCCGACUGUGUGUUGAACUAGGCGCACAAGUCACCUGGUCGGAAAUGGCAAUGGGAAUGCCUCUCCUACAAGGCGAGAAGCAAGAAUGGGCAUUGAUGAAAGCCCACGAGUCAGAGCUCUCACCGCCAGCAUACUUCCCCAAGAACCCCGUCAAAGACUACGACAACUCCAAAGACAUCCGCUUCGGCGCGCAGAUCGCAGGCAACAAACCAUGGCUCGCCGUGAAGACAACCGAAGUCCUCACCAACCUCUGCCCAAACCUGCGCGCCAUCGAUCUCAACUGCGGCUGUCCAAUCGAUCUCGUCUUCCGACAAGGAGCUGGUUCCGCGCUGUUGGACUCACCUGGCAAGCUGGAGAAGAUCCUGCGGGGAAUGAACACGGUUUCAAAGGAUGUUCCCAUCACGGUCAAGAUCCGCAUGGGCACCAAAGACAAAACACCCACGGCGGAGAAGCUGUGCCAGCGUCUGGUCAUGGGUACGCAUGAAGCGCAGGAGUCGGACAUUGGCCCGUGUGGCGUCGCUGCCAUCACUCUGCAUGGUCGCUCGCGACAGCAGCGAUACACCCGCAGCGCUGACUGGGAGUACAUCGCCGAAUGCGCCAGUCUGGUCAAGAAACUCCAGGCGCAGCAUGCUGCAGCUACGGACACCAUCCGCGAGCCCGAUGCGCGCGAUCUGCCAGCCACGAAUGGCGGUGUUCCCUACUUCUGCGGCAACGGCGACAUCCUCUCCCACAUCGACUGGAACGAGCACAUGGACAACGCCGGAGUCGACUCCUGCAUGAUCGGCCGCGGCGCCCUCGUCAAGCCCUGGGUCUUCGAAGAGAUCUCCUCGAACCAAUACCUCGACAAGUCCGCCUCCGAACGUCUGGGCUACAUCGAACGUUUCUGCCGCAACGGACUGGAGUACUGGGGAUCCGACGAGAUAGGCGUGGGCACCACGCGACGCUUCCUGCUCGAAUGGCUCAGCUUCAGCUGCAGAUACGUACCCAUUGGCCUGCUGGAGUAUCUUCCGCCCAAGUUUGGUGACCGCCCACCAGCUUUCCGUGGGAGGAGUGAAUUGGAGACGCUGCUCAGCAGCGGCAACUACAAGGACUGGAUCAAGAUCAGUGAGAUGUUCCUGGGCCCCGCCCAUAAGGACUUCAACUUCCAGCCCAAACACAAGUCCAACAGCUACGAGAUCGAAGCCGAAGGCUGA